CAAAGGUUUUAUAAUCUGGAAUUAGGGUUGUAGAAAAGGUUGGUUUACUCGGUCCAUACAGAAGGAAGAAUACUCAAGAAUGAAGGAGACUCUGAAUCUUCCUCAUGAACUGAUCAUUCAAAUCUUACUAAGGUUACCAGUUAAAUCUCUUGUACGCUUCAAAUGCGUUUGUAAGUUAUGGCUUUCUCUCAUCUCUGAUUCCUGUUUUGCAAAUUCUCAUUUUGAACUCACAGCCGCAACAGGCGAACCUAGAAUCAUGUUCACAUCAAACUUCUUUCAUGAAUCUCGAUCUAUAGAUUUAGCAACGUUACUAGACUAUUAUUCUACUUCACUCAACCUUGAUUUUUUGCAUCCCCUUUCCAAAUCUGAUUUUCGUAUUGAAAUGAAAAGCUCAUGUAGAGGGUUUAUAUUUUUGAACUGUUCUUCAAGUAUCUUUUCUUCAAAAAUCUAUCUAUGGAAUCCAUCCACAGGAGUUCACAAACAUAUACCUUUACCUCCUGUUGUUUCCAAUAAAGACCCUGAUGAUAUCCUUUAUCUAUAUGGUUUUGGGUAUGACCACUCAACAGAUGAUUACUUGGUGGUUUCAAUGUUAUGUGAUAUAAGUAAGGCCUUCUCUGACAUUUCAUCCCAUUUGAACAUUUUUUCAUUGAGAGCUAAUACAUGGAAACAAAUUGAGUGUACUGCUUUGUUGAACUAUAGUCACUUUCCUUACAUGGAUGACUUUUUUUAUGAAGAGAGAGUAGGAUUUCUCUGUAAUGGGGCUCUGCAUUGGUUGGCUUGUCAUGAUUAUUUAAACGAGUAUGUUAUUUUUUCCUUUCAUUUAAUUGAAAGAGAAGUUUUAGAAAUGUCUUUUCCAAAUGAUUUUGACCAUGAUUUUAACCAAGAAUCAAUGGAUUGUGAUUUGUGGGUAUUUGGAGAAUUUCUUAGUCUAUGGGCUAUGGAGUAUCGUUCUCUUGUUAAUAUAUGGGUUAUGAAAGAAUAUGGACUGCAUUCGUCUUGGACUAAGACUCUUGUUUUGUCUAUUGUUGCCAUUCCGACUCGGUACUUUUAUCCAAUAUGCUGUACAAGAAAUGGUGAAAUUAUUGGAACAGAUGGUGGUACUGGAUUGUUUAAAUACGAUGACAAAGGACAAUUGCUUGAGCAUCACUCGUAUUCUAAUGAUCCGGACGGAUGUCAAGUCGCUGUGUAUAUAGAGUCUCUGCUUUCACUCCCUUCUGACAAUGAACAAGCUUAAGUAGAUGACACAAUCAAGAAGAAUGAGAGAAUGUGAAAAGCGACAAGUGCAAAAAUCUUGAUAAACCAGUUGUUAGAGUUAAUAUUGUUGAGCAUGUUUAAAUGCUGUCUUUGAAGUGGCUGAAGGUGAAGUAUACAGUAAUCUGUUUUUUUUCUUACUCAAUGGAGCUGGUGCAGGAUGUUAAAAUUGAAAAUGUUUGCUUUGCUGACUGUUAUUGCAGGAUUGUUUAAUUGGGGAAUUGUUACUUAAAAUCACUUACUGCAUUAUAAUUUUAAGCAUAUUCACAAGUCAACCUAGUUUAGGAGGCCAAAAUAAAUUGUCAAAAUGAUUCAUUCUAAUUGAAUGAUAGUUUAAAGUGAUAUUCCAAUUAAACUCUUUGUAAUUAACAAUAUUUCAAAGACUUAGUACACUAGAAAGUUCUGUGUACCUUAUAUUAGUUCACUUAAAAAUAUUUUACGAGCACCU